AUGUCGGGGGAGAAAGAGCAACAUCAUAUUCCCUCGUGGGACGGAAGUGCCCGUUCCUGGCGUCGGUAUACGAAAGAGGUUUCAUGGUUCGUACAAAGCACUGCAGUGAACAAGAGGCGGUACUGCGCUUCUCGUCUACUCAGCAGGUUGACUGGCCCUGCAAGGCUCUUAGCGAUGAGUUGGAGCUGGAACAAGAUGCAUUUCGACACGCCUGAAGGCACCAAGCUGUUUCUGCAACGUCUGGCAUCCUCACCUUUGGUGAGGAAGAAUCUUCCCAACGCAACUGCUAUAUGCAACCAGUACUUUGCAUUUCAGCGGCGCUCCGGCGAGAACAUCAGUUCGUUCCUCGUUAGGGAGUCGUUGGUUCAUGAAGAGUUCUGCGAAGCCAUCAUACGGUUGCAUGAGGAUCGGCUUGGCAUUUCUCAGGAGUCUCGCGACUUUGGACUGCCACCCGAGGAGACUUAUUCUUGGGAUGACGAGUCUUGGGCUGGCGCCACCUGGUGGCGCGAUGAGUGGGGCGGUGACGACCCAGAUCCAGAAGGCGAUCCUGAACCUGCUCCUGGCGCUGAUUCUCCAGAAGCUCGCGCCGGAGAUGCGGAAGUACUUCAUGAGGGAGCCACGACCUCAGCGGCUCCGGGAUCCUCGCCCUCUCAUGGUGGAGACCGCUCUCCACUUCGACGACCUUCACAACAGGAUGUUCGACCAAGCGCUGAACAACCCAAGGCCGUUGAUGAAUUGGCGCUGGCGGACAGCUUCAUCAUGGAAGUUCUCCGGGGGUGGCGGCUUCUCCAAGCCGCUGGCCUCAAUGCGGAGGAGAAGCGGGACAUCCUGUCGACGACGAAGAACAGUUUGGACUACGAGGUGAUCGCGGCUGCACUUCAGAACUUGUGGGACGAGCAGCUCCUUGGCCAAAGACAAGGAUCUUCGAGCUAUCAUGCGCACUACUCGGAGGCCGUGGACGCCGAGACCUCCUACUACCAGGACGCGUGGUGGCAAGAGGAUGAUGCGUGGUGGUAUGAGGACUACUUCGUGGACGGCUACUACGAUGACUCCUGGUGGGAGAACUACGCGGCCGAAGGGCAUGAGCAGAUGGUGGCAUCGGAACCCGAAGAUCCGGAGAGUCUUGCGAAAUACAAGGAGGCUCAGCAAGCAGAGAAGAUCGCCGAAGGAUUGGCGGCCGAAGCCCAGAGAACCUGGGCGGAGGCCCAGAGGGCCACCCAGGCUCUUAGGAAAGAUCGUGGCUUCGGGGCUAUGUCUGCCCAAGGUCCGAGCGGUGGCUGCUAUCUUUGCGGCGGUCCACACUUCUCCCGCGAUUGUCCGAGGCGGUCACAGAUGUCCUUUGGAAAGGGUCCGAAGGGCAGCAACCGCUUCUCGAAGGGGAAGGCCAAGGGCUACAUGAACGAGAUGGACGAGGACUACUACGCCAACGCCUUCAAGGGCAAGAGCAAGGGAAAGGGUAAGAAGGGCUACUACGUGGAUCCUGCCUACGCCAUGUGGAGCUCGAAGGGCAAGGGGAAGUCCAAGUCCAAGGACUCCUACCGACCCGUCAAUGCCUAUCAAAGUGAACUCUUCGUCGGCGGCUUGGAUAUGGUUCUCGAGGCAGCUGCUGCUUCCUCUGAGCCAGUGGAUCCGAACGUGGGGAUGAUCGACUGCGGCGCCACCGCAAGCGCAGCUCCUGAAGCAGUGGUUAAGGGCCUGAUCAAUGCUGUCCUAGCUCAAGACCGUAGCGCUCAGAUCGAGAUGGACCAAGCCUCGCGACCGUAUUUCAGGUUUGGGAAUGGGCGCUGGGGUCGGGCACUCUGCAAGGUCCGUUUCUGUAGUCGAGCAUCCGGAAGCCCCAAGCACUUUGCCUUGUACGUUCUCCCAAAUCCCACGGAGUACUAUCAAGCGGACUUUGAUAAGGGAUCUCUUGUACCAGUUCUGAUUGGCAUGGAUCAUAUUGGCCCGACCGGUGUUGGCAUGAUGAUAGACUUUGCUUCUGGUCUUGCUAUGAACACUUCGGAACCGAACCCGUCCAUCUAUAAGCUGGAUAAGAGCAAGAAAGGGCACUAUGUUCUUGACAUUGUCCGGUACCUAACCAAUGGAAUCAAAGUCUUGGAAGGUCAAGCUCAUGUUGUAGUCAGAUCCAGUUCUUCUUCGGCGUGUGCAUUGGAGCAGCAAGUGAUUGAGUUGCGUACGAUGUGGUUUGACAUGGCUGCAUGCGACCAUGACUUGAGUGAGCUUGACAGGGAAGUGGCUGAAGCUAGAAUGUGGCAACUUUACGAUGCGAGUCGAACUUCAUCGGUCUCUUCGGCCAUUGCAGCUCAAGUAUCGAUGCACGGCCCGUCGGCCCAUCGCUUGAUUUCGACUCCUUCCUCUUCGUGCUCCCCCAAUGUGAAUGCGAUUCUUCAGCAGGCUGCAAAAGCCAAGGCGAAGGCCAAGGCGAAACCGCUGGACAUGAGCCGCGCCCAGAAGAUCGACAGUCGCGAUCCCAGGGCACACAAGAAUCAAUGGCCAUGUCUGGGGCAACACAGCCCGAGUCCUGCCAAGGGCAACGGUCACGGACAGUGGAUACAUUGCCAGGUCUGCGAUGUUCGACUCCUGUAUGUCCCUCGACACGGCUCAACCGGUCAGAACACCCAGUGCAAGAAUCCGGAAAUGGUCUCAAGGUGUCUCCGGGAACUUCGCAAGCUUCUGGGGGAUCGACUCCAUUCGGCACCGUUGGUGCAUGCUAUGCAGGCCAAGAUCGAUGCGGAGGAGACCUUGAAGGUGAUGAUCAACAACCAUCUGGCGACACCUACGGCGACGAGCUCAACGCUGACCGGCAUCAGCCUGAACGAGGCGACGACUUCUGCGGCGGGCUACCAGACGGAAAAUCCCGAAAGUCCAGAGUCACUUGGCAGCUGGGCGAUGACGAACGCACAGGGCCGAGAAGUGACUCUCGAGGAGGCGUAUGCGGCUCUGGAGAGCAACUUGCCACUCUACAUGGGCAAGAAGGUCAUGAAUGCCGUGACCUUGAUGAUGGCUAUGACCUCCCAGCCGAAACUUGGCAACGACUACGUGGACUCCGACAACAACAUCGGAGAGAGAAAGAUUGGAGACCUACCGGACCCCAGCUUGCAGAUCUACUUCGAAUGGCCGACGCAUUGCCAUGGCUGGAAACAGCCUCCUCUUGAAGACCUCGCGAACUUUCUGGAGGAUCAAGGAAUACCCUGGCUGUCCUGCCGGAUUGAUGGGUGCAACUACGGCAUGAAGAACCCUCAGGACGGUCUCUUCGUGAAGAAACAAUGGACCGUGAGGACCACCGAUGAGCAAUUUCACAAAAGCUUCCGAGCCAAAGUAUGCCCUGGUUGUCAUGGAAAACACAGCGUUCAGGAGGACUACGAGACCAACAAGGACGCCUACUACCCGUGGAAGAUGGUCCAGUCGAUUGUCAAACAUUGGUGUGCUUCCAUGACACCGUCCCGCCACUACCAACUUCUUUCUCUACGACAAGAUCUGCCAAGUCUACAAGAUGAAGAUCCGCAAGCGGCCUCGGAACAGUCUUCUACGGUGGAUGAGGCGGUGUGUGAUUGGCCAGACAGCGAGUAUGUAUCAGAAGGUGAUCUUCAAGGAUUGACAUCGACUACCAGUGAAUUGUCCGUCCCAGCUGGUGAUCUUCAAGGAUUGACCUCGACAACCAGUGAAUUGCCUGUCCCAGCUGGUGCCCUAGAAGACUUGAUCAACUACCACCUGGUCCGAAAGAACUUCUCGUUUGAUGUCCUUGAAGAUAUCUUGAUGCAGCAAUGGUCUGGUGCUCCCAAGUCGGUCUCCAACCACACUCGGUGGCGUGACGGCGCUGGACAAGCCCUUCUUCUGGGUGCCUAUUCCCACGGCAACAUGAAGGGAAUCAGCCGUACGUCCUUCAACCAUGUGACCCUCCUGAAGUACAUCAACGGCUUUCUUCGAUAUCACCUACCUGAUGCUUCCUGGUCGAGUGUGAUGGUGUCCUUCAACCGUUCUGUUUUCCCCCAUCGUGACCACCACAACGACAAGGCACCGAUGUGUGUCCUUCAGUCCGAUGUGCUGGCAUGCUUCACAACCGUGGAAGGGGACCAGGAUAGCCAUAUCGGCUUACACUACGAGGCUGGCAACGCUACCUACCGGAAGUGGGAGGCCCAAGUGUCCAAGUUCCACAGGGCGGCCGGGCAUCCUACCAAUCGCAACCUUGCCCGUAUUGUGGAAGAGGCAGGUCAUGACAAGUGGAAGGUGGAGGUGGCACGGCAUCACCAUUGUCCUUCCUGCCAAAGUCUCAAGCCAGGGGGAACGAGUUCUGGCCAAGUUCCUCCGACGACCACUCAUGCGCUGUACCCAGCAUGGCACGCUAUUGGUGUUGACUCAGGCGAGUGGGUGGUCCCCAACAAGAAGCAGAAGGUGAAGUUUUUGGUCUUUGUGGAUGUGACGACGAAGCUGCGUGUGGUGCAACCUCUUCAUGUCUACGACUUCCUUGAGAUGAAAACCGAGAGUCCUCUUGAUGGACUCGGCAAGGAGCUUUGGUUCGGAUGCUUUCAUGAGUUUGCCAGCUCGUUGAACAUCCAAGUGCACUACAUUGCUGAAAAAGAACAUUGGGCGCACGGCACGGUGGAAGCAGUUGUUCAAGACAUCAAGAUGACUGCCUCUGCCAUUCAGCUAGAAGCACUCGACCAAGAUCCUCGUAUUACCUUGCAAUUGGCCGCCUCAGCCUUGAACUCCACAGAGUACACAGCCGGAUUUUCAGCAUAUCAAUGGGCGUUUGGGAAACACUACGAUCUCUCUGAUGAGGAUGUUCGGACCUUCACCAACACCGACUACCCUGGCGAGUUCAUCAAGCUAGUGACUGCCCGACAGCAAGCCGAGACGAUUGCCACCAAGACUCGCGCCUUGCGAGUACUUUCCAAGCUCUCCAACACAACUGUCAGGCAGCCUUUGAGGAGUUUCUCUCCGAUGGAUUUGGUGAAGGUGUGGAGAAAAGUGUGGCCCAAGGAACAAUACAAAGGUCCACGCGGCGGCCUACGAAUGUCUGGCAGACCGCACUGGGUCGGACCAGGACGGGUGAUCUUCUGUGAGGUGAUUCCACAUCAAGAAGGCGGUGAUGUUCGACGACAUGUGUGUUGGGUUCUGAUCGGGAAACAGCUCUUCAGAUGUUCCGUUCAUUCCGUGAGACCGGUGACUUCUACAGAACGAUUUCAAUUUGAGACAUCGGGAGAGGAGCAGUUUCAUCAGUGGAAGACACUGAAGGAUGUCCUGCCUCAGCGGGAGUUUGUUGACCUCACCGACCAGGAGCCCAGUCCAGAUGAAGUUGAACUUCCCAACCUUCCUCAACAGCCUGACAAACAAACCAUAGUGGAUCCACCUUCACGGCGAGUUCGAGCAAAGACGACACCCACUACUACGUCACCAAUGCCAGCCGUGGACGAUGAGGUCACAGGCAAUACCUCGGCUCCUUCUACAAUUCGGCCCGGUGAGAACGUCAACGACCACGACCUACCGGUUCCCAAGAAAGCCCGACAAGACGAUUGGGUUGAAGAUCUAGCGAUGGAAGCCCAGCUGGAGGCCGAGCACGAUAUCUUCAAAUGUCUGGAAACCAUUGAGGAGCCCGUGGACUGCAUGAAGAUUGAGUUUGAAGUGGGCAAUCUUUCCAAUCGCCAGCGAAAGUUUCUUGAACGCAACCCUGUGAGCUUCAUGGUUAAGAAGAUGAGAGACUCUGAGGUAUCAAUUUCACGCCUGACACCUUCAGACCGUCGACUGUUUGACAGGGCAAAAAUGAAGGAGGUUGAGUCCUUUCUGAAACAUGAAGCUGUGAGGAAAUGUUUGAGUCAAGAAGAAGUCCAGCAGGCCUUUGACCGCAACCGCAUCAUUCGUGCUCGCUGGGUCUUAACCUGGAAGGCGGUACCUCCUGAAGACCAAACUUCUGCAGCUGACGAUGCUAAGAACAAUGCCAAGACUACACACACAGCUGAUGGAACGAAAAAGGCGAAGGCCCGGAUCGUUCUGCUUGGUUUUGAGCACCCCAGCUUGUUGGACAGCAAGUUCAAGACAGCAUCACCGGUGCAAAGCACGCUUGGGCGGAACCUCCUCUACACCAAGGCCAUGCAUGAGCAGUGGGAUCUGGAAGGAUUGGACAUCAGCACAGCAUUCCUCCAGACGAUGCCGACCGAGGCCGACCGCGAGAUAUGGACCUACGGAGUGGAAGAGCUGCGCGAGGCACUUGGUGUCGGAAGUGAAGGGAUCAUGCGCAUUCUGCGCAAUGUCUACGGGAGUACCACGGCUCCCCGUGGACUCUGGUUGGACCUACACCGCAAACUCACAGCUCUGGGAGCUCAAGCUGUACUCGGUGAACGAUGCCUAUGGAUUUGGCUGUCCAAGGUUCAGAUGGAUGGUGAUCACCCACGGAUGAUCGGUGGCAUGGGUGGUCAUGUGGAUGAUUUUCACCGCACCGGUGAUCGAGAAUCACCAGAGUGGUUGGAAGUUGUCGAAAAGAUUAACCAAGCCUACGAAUGGGGCAUGAUUAAAAAGAACUCCUACCGCCAUGCCGGCACUGAUGUCACGAUCAAGGAGGAUGAGCAUGGCUUUAAGAAGCUUGUGGUUGAUCAGGAGUACUACAUUGAGACGCUGCAAGACCUAGAAAUUCCUGCAGACCGUCUCCGAGGAAACGAUCAUCUUCUACCCCGAGAAGUGGAGGCAUGUCGUACAGCAUUGGGAGCUCUCCAAUGGCUUGCGGUUCAAUCUCAGCCUCAACUUUGUUCGAGGUGCAACUUGCUUCUUACGGAGCUCGUUACCACUGGAACAAUGAGCACAGCCCUUGAAAUUCAGGGUAUGAUCUGUGAAAUUCGGAACCAGUCCUACGCGCUCGAGUUUCGCAAGUUCCCCGACGCGCACCACUGGAGCGACAUCGUCUUCAUCAGCAUGGGCGACCAGGCCCACUCUAACAGACCAAAGGGUGAUUCGACUGGCGGCAUGCUUACGCUUGUGGCCGGACCCGGUUGUCUGGAUGGCAAGAUGUGUCCUAUGAGCUUGAUUGGUUGGAGGACCUGGAAGCUCAAGCGGAAGGCCAUCGGGAGCAACGAUGCAGAAGUGCAGUCGAUUCUGGAGGCCGAAGACCAGAACUUCAGAUCACGACUACUCUGGUCUGAGUUGAACGGCGCUGGUGGACGACAUGAACAUCGCGUACUUCGUCGUGACAUGGUCGACCAAGUGGAGGCUCAGAUAGUGCGCAUCAAGGGUGUUCUCUGCACGGACAGCAAAGGUGGUUACGAUGCAGUGGAGGUGAACGAGUCACCGCUUUUGGGCCUGAGCAACAUGCGCGCAGCCCUUCAAGCAUUCCAGCUGAGGGACAAUCUUGAACGUGCUGCUUGCCAACUUCGCUGGCUUGCUUCAGACUACGAUUUGGCCGAUGCCCUGACCAAGAAGCGAGCUGAUGCUCGGCAAGGACUUCUACGAUUCCUAGCUUCCGGAGUCUGGGCAAUCAAAUACGACCCAAACUUUGUCAGUGCACGCAAGAGCAAGCAACGAGGUGGCGGAGCUCUACGCGACCAUGAUGACCACUUACGAGGUGAUGGCAUGUGGCUCGAUAUCCUGUACAAGUUUUUCUCCUGUCCAUACGAUGAUCCCGAAGUGCAGCUGAUGUCUUUUGGGGGUUGA